GGGAGGAUCACUUGUUGAUUAGAAUCAGGCAAAAAGUCAUUCAAUUAUUUUCCUGCAAAAGAAAAUAUUAAGAUUUUAACGAACCAAAAAUUUUACCAGUGACAAUUUCUUUCAAAAAGUUUGAAAAUUUUAGCAAAAUUUUAGAUUUUCAUUUCGUUCAAAUUCCGGUUUAUAUAUUUAUUAAUUGAUCUCAACUUUGUCGCAUAUAAUUCUAAAUUUUUUACAAAAUGAGAUACAAAACUGUUGCCCUUGGUAUCUUUAUUUUACUAAAUUUAACAUUAGUGAAACGCGUCAGCGGACAGAACGCAAUUUCGAAUCUGAUCUCAACAUUAAAGAUUGUCACGAGAUUGUGCUAUUUUCCAAAAGUUAAUAGUGAAAAGGUUGCCAGAGGAUUCAUCGGGUGUUAUGAUUAUGCUCCGGGAAAAUGGGAAUAUUUUAAAUGUCAGAAAAAAGUUAAUGGAUAUCUGCUUGAUACGAAAGAUCAUAUUGAGCAAGCUGCAUGCAAAAGACCAUACAGGACGCCGUCCUAUAUCGCUUGUCUCAUGAAAGAAUUCAGAAAGUCGGGACUUGACUUGAAUAAAGCGACGGCGAAAGUGAACGAUUGCCAGAGCAGAGUGGUUGGAGUGUACUAACUACAUACAUACAUAUAUGCAAAUAAGGAGGAAAGGAAUCCAUUUAUAAAUUCAGUAUUAUGCCGUUUUAAUUAAAGUUUGUAUGUACAACACAAGAUUUUUUUUUUUGACGAAACACAAAGUUCCAUGAAAUUAGUUAUCGCACGAAUUCGCGUAAUAAAUUAUGCAUUUAAUCCAA